UGGUGGUGUGGUGGUAAUAUAUUGCUUCCAUUUUGAUUCGAAGAGAGAAAUAGAAGAGAUAGCUACGAAGCUAAGCUUCUCCAAGCUGUGACCCACCGACUGUACCAGAGAAACACCUUCCUCCACUCUCUCUUCUCUUCUUCUUUCUUUCUUCCACUGCUAACAGUCAAUUCCUCAACCCUAAUAACCGUUUUCCUCGCUCUUCUCUCUCCCGAUUUCUAACAUUCCUCCGCCUUUCGCUCCUUCCGGCCACCGCCAUGGCAGUCGUUUCGCGAACUACCACCACCUACUCCUACAGCCACUUAUCCCGACGACACUUCGAUAGGGAAACCAAAGCCUCUGCUGCCAACACUUUGUCAUGCUCUGCCUGGGUUUCUGCUAAGAAGCCUUCUCCGACGCAGAGGAUUGCCACACGUGGGGGAAGAGUGAUUGUUGCUGCUAGCCCUCCCACUGAAGAUGCCGUGGUUGUCACGGACCCACUCACCAAGCAGGAUCUUGUGGACUAUCUUGCCUCGGGUUGCAAGCCCAGGGAAAAAUGGAGAAUAGGUACUGAACACGAGAAGUUUGGUUUUGAGUUUGGAAGUUUGCGUCCUAUGAAGUAUGAGCAAAUAGCAGAAUUAUUGAAUGGAAUCGCUGAGAGAUUUGACUGGGAUAAAAUAAUGGAAGGUGAUAAAAUUAUUGGACUCAAACAGGGAAAGCAGAGCAUAUCAUUGGAGCCCGGUGGUCAGUUUGAACUUAGUGGAGCCCCCCUUGAAACCUUGCACCAGACUUGUGCUGAAGUUAAUUCCCACCUUUAUCAGGUUAAAGCUGUAGCUGAGGAAAUGGGAAUUGGAUUUUUGGGAAUUGGUUUCCAGCCAAAGUGGGGAAUCAAAGACAUACCUGUAAUGCCAAAGGGAAGAUAUGAUAUUAUGAGGAAUUACAUGCCUAAAGUUGGUUCUCUGGGGCUUGACAUGAUGUUCAGGACAUGCACUGUACAGGUCAAUCUGGACUUUAGUUCAGAAGCAGACAUGAUCAGGAAAUUUCGUGCUGGCCUUGCUCUACAGCCUAUAGCAACGGCUCUUUUUGCGAAUUCACCUUUUAAAGAGGGAAAGCCAAAUGGUUUUGUCAGCAUGAGAAGCCAUAUUUGGACCGAUACUGACAAGGACCGCACAGGCAUGCUGCCUUUUGUCUUUGAUGAUUCUUUUGGGUUUGAGCAGUAUGUUGAUUAUGCUCUUGAUGUUCCUAUGUAUUUUGUCUACCGGAAACACAGAUAUAUUGAUUGUACUGGAAAGACCUUCAGGGACUUCUUGGAUGGAAGACUUCCUUGUAUUCCUGGGGAAUUACCAACUCUCAAUGAUUGGGAAAAUCACUUGACAACUAUAUUUCCUGAGGUCAGGCUGAAGAGGUAUUUGGAGAUGAGAGGUGCUGAUGGAGGCCCUUGGAGAAGGUUAUGUGCAUUACCAGCACUUUGGGUAGGGUUAUUGUACGAUGAUGCUUCUCUACAAAGUGUUUUAGAUUUGACAGCUGAUUGGACCCCAGAAGAAAGACUGAUGUUAAGGAAUAAGGUUCCCGUAACUGGUCUAAAAACACCAUUCCGAGAUGGUUUGCUGAAGCAUGUUGCGGAAGAUGUUCUACAGUUGGCAAAGGAUGGCUUGGAGAGAAGAGGCUUCAAGGAAUCGGGAUUUUUGAAUGAGGUAGCCGAGGUGGUUAGAACAGGCGUCACUCCAGCUGAGAGGCUUUUGGAAUUGUAUCAUGGAAAGUGGGAGCAAUCCGUAGAUCAUGUGUUUGAGGAAUUGCUUUAUUAAAGGUGCAUUAUCUUCCAAAUGUCAGUGGAAGAUUAAUUGUGUAAUCUUUUGGUUAUAGUCCUGGCUAUCUCAUUUGAGCUCUCCAUUUAGAUAUAGGAAAUAAUGUAUUUGUAAUUUUUGCCAUGAGGCUUCUCAUAUACCUUUCUUGGAAACACGAUCUGAUCUCGCUGACAUUUAAUUUAUGUCACGCAUUUGAAAAUCCAUCAGCAUAGUCAUCAUUUUAACAAGAACAUCAAUAGAUCAAAUGUUUGUGGUAGAUAUUCAA